GGAGGAGGGAAAUCAUUGUGCAUUCGAAGGAAGAAGCAAUUUUUGAAAUAGCAAGGAUCAGAACAUACUACAGUACAUGCUCUUUUAAUCUGUAAGGAAAACUAGAGACCGUGUGCCCUGUUGCUGAUGUUAGGAUUAUUGCUGCCAUCUGGGUUUAGUACAUGAGAGACUGGUUUUGAUACUAAUUCCAGUAGCUUGAGACCAAAAAUAACCCGGUAUUAUCCGGGGAAUAGAUGAUGAUGGAUUAUGAGGCUUUGAGGGGGGAAAGCUUGGGAUAUUAUUUUGUUUUGUUUGUGUCUCUUAAAUGUAGGACAAAAAAAUAAACGACUUGAGUGCUUAAGAGAUUGUUGGGGGAGGAGGAGGGAUUCUGUGUCUUUUCUGUCUCUCUGCUUAUCUUGGCGGAAGAACGUGCAUUUUGCUAUGCAGCCCUUCCCCUGAAAUUCUCUUAAAUGCUCCUUAAAAUAGGAAGAGGUUAAUAGCCUUGUAAAUAUACUCGUGGAAAGCUGCCAUCCCGCCCCCUUUCUUUAGCCAUUGAGAACUCGCGUUGUGCUUCAUCCAACCUUCCGAGGGUGAUGAUUACAAAAUGCUCAUUUAGAGAGACCCCCAUAAUUUUAAACCUCAGGCUUUCCACGCGUUUUGUCGCAUGUUUUGCCUACGCCCAUCAGCCCCCGCUUACAUUGGGACUAGUGUGGUUGCAACUGAACCUUGUUUUCUGAUACGUUCAGGAAGGUUUCAGCAUUGCAUUGUUGCAUGGCUAAUUUUUCUUUUUAAAGGGUGGGUAGGUAGUGUUGGCCUUUUUAAGCCCCCGAUCCCUUCUUUAAAAAAGAAAAGAAAGGCUGGCUCUUUGUAUAUACAGUACAGCUGCAUGUACCGAGGGUGAGACUGAAGGGAAGCCGAGGAGGAAGAGAGGGAGGGCGCCUGGCUUGGUGUUUUUACGUGCCAGAUGUUAGGCCUGCCCCGUGCGCCUGUUUGGCUGCCUCGCUGUGGUCAUGCUCGAGCCCUGUGUGAAUUGGGGAGAUCUGAUGAGUUAGCUGGUUGCUAUGGCGAGGGGCCGUGUCACGUGGCCCGGGCGCUGCUCCCGGCGGUUUGACGUCACCGGCCAGGGAGGAAAGGGGAGGGGGCCGGCGGCGCAGAGAGACGGAGCGAGUCAGUAGCGAAGGAGUCGACGCGCGCACGGCGAGCCCGCCCGCCCCAGCUUCUCAGCACACAGGCACCCGGGUGAGGGCUGCUUGCCUUUGGGAGCGCUCCAAUGCCUGGACCUACCCAAGCGCUGUCCCCAAAUGGAGAGAACAACAACGACAUCAUCCAAGAUAACGGCACCACCAUCAUCCCUUUCAGGAAGCACACAGUGCGAGGGGAGCGUUCCUACAGUUGGGGAAUGGCGGUCAACGUGUAUUCUACCUCUAUAACCCAAGAGACUAUGAGCAGACAUGACAUCAUUGCAUGGGUGAACGAUAUAGUAUCUUUAAACUACACAAAAGUUGAACAACUAUGUUCAGGUGCAGCUUACUGCCAGUUCAUGGAUAUGUUGUUCCCAGGCUGUAUUAGCUUGAAGAAAGUUAAAUUUCAAGCAAAGCUGGAGCAUGAAUAUAUUCAUAACUUCAAACUUCUACAAGCAUCAUUUAAACGAAUGAAUGUGGAUAAGGUUAUUCCAGUGGAGAAAUUAGUGAAGGGGCGCUUCCAAGACAACUUGGAUUUCAUACAGUGGUUUAAGAAAUUCUUUGAUGCUAACUAUGAUGGGAAGGAAUAUGAUCCAGUGGAGGCCCGGCAAGGCCAAGAUGCUAUUCCACCGCCUGAUCCUGGUGAACAGAUCUUCAAUUUGCCAAAAAAAUCUCAUCACGCAAACUCUCCUACAGCAGGUGCUGCCAAAUCCAGUCCUGCUUCAAAACCGGGCUCUACACCGUCUCGUCCAUCAUCAGCAAAAAAGACACCACCAAGCAGCUCAGCAUCCAAAUCUGAUAAAGAUUUGGAGACACAAGUCAUACAGCUCAGCGAACAGGUACAUUCAUUAAAACUUGCACUUGAAGGUGUGGAGAAGGAAAGGGAUUUCUAUUUUGGAAAGCUAAGGGAGAUCGAGCUUCUCUGUCAAGAACAUGGGCAGGAAAAUAAUGACCUUGUCCAGCGGCUAAUGGAAGUUCUGUAUGCUUCAGAAGAACAUGAGAGCCACACAGAUGAACAUGAAGGUGAGGACCAGGUUCAUGAACAGCCCCAGCAGCAGGAAGAGUACUGAAAAAGCCUGGCAUAUUUGCUACUUUUUAAUUUUGUGUGGGAACUUAUCUUCUGAAGAAUGGAACGUGUGUGGCCUCAGACUUGAAACCAAUCACUCUCAGUCUGCCAUUAACAUAAAUGUACCAUAGUGAGUGUCAGCCAGCAGCUGCAUUCUUUACCCAUCCUUUGCCAACAUGUGUUUGCAGAAGUCUCCUUUCAGGAUAUGCACAUGAGAAGGUCUCCGGGCUCUGUCCCCAUUUUCUACCAAUGCAACUUCAAAUAUUUGGCUGCUUGAGAUUUGUUCAGCUUUUAAAAAUAUAUAUAUAUAUAAAAUAUAUAUUUAUUUUUCCCUUUUGUCUUAAGUAUGAUACAUUUGUGGUAUGUUCAAAACUAUUUAUAUGGGCAUCUCUUAUGACAAAAAGUACUGUUCUGUUCGAUUUCUCCAAUUUUGUGGUAAUUUUGGCCUUUAACAGGCAUGAAUUUGGUCAAACUGUGCAAAAGAGAGGGAACUAUUGAAACCACACACAAAUUAUACUGGUUCCUGUCUUUUAUUACAACACACAAGUGAGAAACUUUUCCCUUUUUAUUUAUUUUAAAAAAGCAGAACUGUAAUCCUCCUGAUGUUGUACACCAAAGCAUGUUGAAAAUCUACACAGUAUAUGUUUUAUUUCGGAAUAUGCAUACAUGCCUGCCUAAUUCUUACACUGAGAGCUCUGUGACAUUUUCCUUGCCACUGUAAAUGUUCUUUUCCCCCAACUCCAUAUUCAGUGUCUUGUUGGUUCAAGCAUUCGUGAAACUUUCACCACUAUAGCUGCAGAUUUCACUUGGUUACAAACUUCUGCUGGAAAUGGCAAUUACGUGAAUCAACCACUUUCCUCUUACUCGUCUGUACACGAAAUUGGAAAAAAAAAAAUUUUAAGUUGUAGGAUUGGACAUGCCAAAACAUUUACCACCACAACCGUACAUGGUUUUUCCUCUGAAGUCUUUAUAGUCUUCUUUGAAAUGUAUUGUUCCUUUGAGCAUCUCUUUUCCGUACAGAUGCCCAAUCCACUUUUCAGGCUUGACUUGGGAAGUAAAGAUACAUUACCCUGGGACGCAAAACAGGAAUGGUUCUGUGGUCUGCGACUCCUGAAAGCAUUGGCAAAAUGCAGGAACAAAGUGUUAGUUUACAGAAUUGUUUCGUUGCCACAGGUUUUAAUAUUACCUUUAUUUAUCUUGCAGUUAGAUGGUGACAUUUUGUAGUAGAAAAAUAGCAAAUCACGUAUUAAAACAUUCCUUAUUUCCUAAACUUAAAUUGCACAUUUUCUUAGUCCAGUUGUAGGUUUAUUUGUCUUUAUUUAUUUAUGGGUUUUUUUGUUUGCUACUUCAUUCCUCAUCCUCAGUUUGAUAUUUGACUGGUUAUUUGGCUAGGCAAGUACUGCAACAGAAAUCUAACGGAAUAUCAACCUACAGGCUACAAUUACGGAAGGUGUCCAUGUAGCCUUGCGAACUCCAGAAGAUGAGCACCGCACCCCAUAGUCGCCUUUGACUGAACGUAACCAUCCAGGGUUCAUUUACCUUUAUCUUUACCUUUUCAUUGAUUCAAGCAAGAAGCUCUCGCAUCUUUAAAUUGCUCCUUGUUUGCAGUAAAGUGGCUCAUAUGUAGUCAUUCAGCUCAGGCAGCAUGUAUAAUACGGUUAAGCAUUUGAAGAAAUGUUUGCAUCUCCUUAGCUUAACCCCAUUUAGCUCAACAGAGCUGUAAUCAAUCUCUUCAGAUUGGAAAUAUUUACACAACUUGGCCCCCCUCCCUUUCAACUUUAUCACCAUGGAAAUCAAUGUGUGCCCCCUUUUAACCCUACCCUUUCUUAAUUGUUCUAGGUGAUUUGGUUUCACUUAAAGGCUUUAUACAUAAAACAAUAAAAGAACAGUUACUUUCAGAAGGAUGUAGUAUGCUAUCAUUAUACAGAAAAGGGGAAGAAAUGCAUAUUCUGUUUUACAGUGUCCACAAUUGUUUUAUUACUUCUAGUCUUGCUAUCUCCCAAGAUUCUAGUUUUGCUGUUUCCAAAAUGCCCAUUGUGAUCAAAGGGAAGAUUUCCAAGUUUUCUGAACCAGCCUUUAAGCACCCAGUCAUUGUCACAAAUGCAGUUGUAUCCGUUUCAUUUUUCCUCUUGAGCAAAUUUUCAGAUCACUUCCUUUUGAAGUGCUUUCUGGGCUUUUCUGGGUU